CAACUGGCAAUCCCGGAGCUCCCAUCUCGCCUCUACUCCAUCCCCCGCUCCUCUAUAUAAAGCCCACAAAACCAAACUCCUUUCACCACACAACCAAAGCAAAUUAGAGAAAGGGAGAGGAAGAGAGAUCAGAUCCGCCGGAGGGCAAGUCGAGAGAAAGAGAGAGGGCGGGCAAAGAAAAAGAGAGGAAAGGCAAUUUCUUUUUGUUGUUUUUGUUUUCGGGGACUCAAAGCUCCAAAAACAGAAACAAUGGGAGGUUGGGCUAUUGCAGUGCACGGUGGCGCUGGGGUGGACCCAAAUCUCCCUCUUCAGCGACAGGAAGAGGCCAAACGCCUCCUCACUCGUUGCCUCAAACUCGGAAUCUCUGCUCUCCGCUCUAAUCUCCCCGCCAUUGACGUCGUUGAACUCGUUGUUCGGGAACUGGAAAGCGAUCCCCUGUUCAAUUCCGGGCGAGGGUCUGCCCUAACGGAGAAAGGUACGGUGGAGAUGGAAGCCAGCAUCAUGGACGGAACCAAGCGGAGGUGCGGUGCCGUUUCGGGCGUUACCACCGUAAAGAACCCAGUCUCACUCGCCCGCCUCGUCAUGGACAAAUCCCCUCAUUCUUACCUCGCCUUCUCCGGCGCCGAGGACUUUGCCCGGCAGCAGGGAGUUGAAAUGGUGGAGAAUGACUACUUCAUCACGGAGGAAAACGUCGGAAUGUUGAAAUUGGCCAAGGAAGCCAACUCCAUCAUGUUCGACUACAGAAUCCCGCUGCCAAGCACCUGCAGCGCUGGAGCAGCAGCAGCAAACAACCCAAUCCGCAUGAACGGCCUGCCGAUCAGCGUCUACGCCCCGGAGACCGUGGGCUGCACGGUGGUCGACAGGCAAGGCCGAUGCGCCGCCGCCACGUCAACCGGCGGCCUGAUGAACAAGAAAAUCGGACGGAUCGGAGACUCGCCGCUGAUCGGUUCGGGCACCUACGCAGGGAAGCUCUGCGGCGUGUCGUGCACAGGGGAAGGCGAGGCCAUCAUCCGAGCCACCCUGGCGCGCGACGUGGCGGCGGUGAUGGAGUACAAAGGGCUCGGCCUCCAAGCCGCCGUGGACUUCGUGAUCAAGGAGCGGCUGGACGAAGGGAAAGCCGGGUUGAUCGCGGUUUCGAACAAGGGCGAGGUAGCGUGUGGGUUCAAUGCCAACGGCAUGUUCAGAGGGUGCGCCACUGAAGAUGGGUUCAUGGAAGUUGGGAUCUGGUAAAACUAAAAAUCAAAACUUUUUAGGGGUUUUGAUGGAUGGGUCUCUCUGUAACUUAGUAAUCAAUUAGUCUCCCUCUCUUAUGUGUCGCCUUUGAUGAUCUAAAGCGGGCGCGUUAGUUAGUGUGUCAAUAAUGUGGAGGGAGGAAGUUCUCUAUCUCUAUUGUGCUUUGGUUGGAUUGUAAUCUUCUUCAUUGGGUUUCCGAUCAAUUGUGUAUUUCUGCUCCCAAUUUCAUGGUCACAAUUCUGGAGGCAAUACUCUGAUCGAACUGUUUUCUUAAGUAUAUUACAAACAAAAACAGAGCUUCAAAUUAACAAAAGGGUGGUUUUGUGAAAGUCACUGGGGAGUGUCUGUUGUGCCUGGCUGCUGCUGUUUGCCUUUGCCCAUGAUGGCUUCCUUGGCAGACUUGAAGGUGUUUGAAACUGCAGCGGUGGCACUCGCCAGCACGCCUGGUCUUUCGCCGGAGUCCUUUUUACGCAGAUGGACCACGCCGACCUUCUCUUUCCCAGCUUGGCCUUCUUCCCCAGCUGUCGACCGGUGGUCUACAGUCUCCACUUUGGUCUCCACUGCACUUUCCUGCCACGUUCAAACCACAACAGAAGGCAAUAAAUACCUAAGAGCUGUACAAGAAAGAUGAACAGAGAUGAAUGAUGAACAAAAGUGAGGAAUUGAAUGUACUUUGGUGUCCAUGUUGAAGAAGGUAAUAGCUCUGUGACAAAUUCAGUUAUUCUCCAAAUUGCGCUUUCGAUUCGGGUUGUUAUAUAUAACUAAUAAAGUGGGUACAUAGUGAUUCAUCAUA